CCAAGAUCUGCAGAGCCCGGUUCCCGGUCACUCCUCUCCCGGUUCAUGUUCAGGGGAGUUGAUCAUCGAUUCAUUGACACCUGAACUGCAUUUGCUGGACUUCGACCAUGUUCUCGCAGUUCGGAGCAACGGCGGAUUCACUGAGUAAAGCCUCAACAUUGGCGUUUCGGAUCGGCACGGAUGCUCACCUUUACGAUGACCCUGACGACGUCAAUAUCGCCCCGCUUCUCGACAGCAAGUUCGACUCUGAGAAAUGCGAAGCUCUCAAGCGAUUGCUUGCACUCAUUGCUCAAGGUUUUGAUGUCUCCAAUUUCUUCCCUCAGGUGGUGAAAAUGGUGGCAUCACAAUCACUAGAAGUCAAGAAGCUGGCGUACUUGUAUCUAUUGCAUUAUGCCGAGAAGUACGGACUCGCACUAUUCUAGGCCUUCUCAGUAGUUCUAACGACUGUGGAGUUGCCUGCGCCCUAAUGAGGCACUGCUCUCGAUAAACUGUUUCCAGAAGGAUUUGGGGGAUCCAAACCCGUUAGUCAGGGCUUGGGCACUUCGUACCAUGGCAGGAAUCCGCCUACAUAUGAUUGCACCAAUUGUUUUGGUGGCGACAAGGAAGUGUGCCAGAGAUCCAUCUAUAUAUGUUAGAAAAUGCGCUGCAAAUGCACUCCCAAAGUUGCAUGAUUUGCAACUAGAAGAGAAUAAAAGCACAAUUGAAGAGAUUGUGGGGGUUCUGCUGAAUGAUAAUGCUCCUACAGUAGUUGGAGCAGCUGCUGCCGCAUUUGCUUCUGUUUCUCCAAACAAUCUCUUCUUGAUUGGGAAAAACUUCAGAAAGUUGUGUGAGACUCUACCUGAUGUGGAAGAAUGGGGCCAGAUUGUUCUGAUAGGGAUCCUUUUACGAUAUGCUAUAGCUUUCCAUGGGCUUGUUGAAGAAUCCAUAAUGAUGGGUGCUUGUUCUUCCAAGGACUAUAGUUCUGAAAAAGAGAAAUCAAGUUCCUCGUUUAUAAUGAGAGAGAGCACUGAUGGCUUGGGAAAUAACGUGGUUUGUGAAUCCGAGAUGACAAAUAUAGUUGCAAGGAGUUAUCUUGAUGGACCAGACAAAUACUUGUCUAGAUCAAGUUUGGAGAAGGUUUGCUCUGACUUGGACCCUUCCUGCUUCACCUCUGCCAAAGAUAAUGAUGAUGUGAAGAUUCUCUUGCAAUGUACUUCACCUCUGCUGUGGAGUAGAAAUAGUGCAGUAGUACUUGCUGCUGCUGGGGUACACUGGAUUAUGGCACCAAGAGGGGAACUUGGAAGAAUUGUUAAACCUUUGUUAUUUCUCCUGAGAUCAUCCAAUGCAUCUAGAUAUGUGGUGCUUUGCAACAUUCAAGUGUUUGCUAAAACAAUGCCAUCUCUCUUUCGGUCACAUUUUGAAGACUUCUUCAUAAGCCCUACAGAUUCAUAUCAGAUAAAGUUUCUGAAACUUGAAAUACUGUCUCUGAUUGCUACAGAAUCAUCAACCCCCUCAAUAUUUCAAGAGUUCCAGGAUUAUGUUAGAGAUCCGGACAGAAGAUUUGCUGCAGAUUCUGUUGCUGCAAUUGGUCUAUGUGCCCAACGACUACCAAAUAUAGCCAACACAUGUGUGGAGGGGCUAUUGACAUUGAUUUCAUCAGAAAUCUCAAACCUUAACAUGGAACAUUUGGAAGGAGAAGAACUAAUUUUGAUCCAAGCAAUAAAUUCUCUCAAGACUAUCAUAAAACACAACCCUUCUUCCCAUGAGAAGGUAAUUAUUCAUUUGGUUAGAAUUUUAGAUUCCAUCCGGGUGCCAAAAGCACGGGCAACGAUCAUAUGGAUAUUUGGAGAGUAUAACAACAUUGGGCAUAUUAUCCCUAUGGUUUUAUCAACAGUUCUCAAGUAUCUUGCAUGGUGCUUUACUUCAGAAGCUCCUGAAACAAAGCUGCAGAUUAUUAAUGCUUGUGUCAAGGUUGUAUUGCGUGCAAAGGGAGAAAAUAUGUUGAGUUUUAGAAGAAUUUUAAACUAUAUUCUGGAACUAGCCAAAUGUGACUUGAAUUAUGAUCUCCGUGAUCGUGCACGGUUCAUAAUUAAACUCCUCCCUGACAUGGAUGAAGCAAACUGCCAACCAGGAACUGCAAGCCCACUGCAUUUGCUUGCUGAACGCUUAUUUGUGGGUCAGACAAAAUCAGCACCUGGAGAGCCCUUAAGUUAUCAGUUUUAUCUACCUGGAUCUCUCUCACAUAUGGUUCUUCAUGCAGCUCCUGGAUAUGAACCUCUUCCACAGCCCCAGAGUUUAAUUUACACUGAUACCAGCGGUAAUUCAUCGCAUGAUACCCAGAGGGAUUCAUAUGAAGAAGAUGAUCCUAACUCCGAUUCUGAAUCAUUAGAUGAUGAAAGUUUAUCAGGUUAUAGUUCUCAGGAUUUUCCAACUAGUACCAGUGGGGCAAAUCCAUUGAGUGAUCAUGAUGAAAAUCCCAACCCGUUGAUUCUCCUUUCAGAUCUUGGCAAUGACCAUAGAAAUGAAAUAGGCAGAUCAAGAAAGAGUGCUGAUUGUUCUAAUUCCAAUGAAGUUAGUGAGCUGCUGUCUAAUAGAUCUCUAGAGUCAUGGUUGAAUGAUAAUCCUGCAUCUGUCCACGAUUCAUCUGACAUAAGCUAUGUCCGUCGAUCAUUUGCAAGAAUUUCAAUGGGAGAUAUAGGUAGCAGAGUCAAGCCUAAAUCUUAUACCUUGCUAGAUCCUGCUAAUGGAAGUGGGUUGAGUGUUGAUUAUAUGUUCUCAACGGAGAUUUCAAGCAAACCUCAAGUACUUGUCUGCGUUGAGCUUUGCUUCAAAAACUGUUCAACAGAGCCUAUGUCAAAUUUGUUGUUGGUUGAAGAAGGGUCUAACAGAAGUACAGAACCUACAGAUCAAACAGCGGCAUCUAGCUCCUUCGACCAUACUAAGGUGUCAUUUGCUGUCCCUAUGGAAGUGAUUGCUCUCCUAGAGCCUGGUCAGACCUCAAAAAGAACCCUCGAGGUUCACUUUCACCAUCAUCUAUUGCCUCUUAAGUUCACUUUAUGGUGUGAUGGCAAGAAGCAUACUGUGAAGUUGAGACCUGACAUUGGAUAUUUUGUAAGACCUCUUCCAAUAGACACUGAAAUAUUCUUGAGUAAGGAGUCUCAGCUGCCUGGGAUGUUUGAGUAUGUAAGGAGAUGUUCAUUCACUGAUCACAUGGAAGAACUUAAAGUAGUUGCGGGCCCAGCCACAAAAGACAGCUUUGUUGUAAUAUGUGAGGCUUUGGUAUUGAAGGUCCUUAGUAAUACAAGCCUUUUUCUUGUAUCCGUGGAUAUGCCUGUUGGGACCAACCUUGAUGAUGUAACAGGGUUAAGGUUACGAUUCAGUGGUGAGAUACUAAGCAACUCAUUCCCGUGCUUACUUACUAUUACCAUCGAUGAAGGUAAAUGUCAUGAACCACUGACAGCAUCGUUAAAAGUCAAUUGUGAGGAAACAGUCUUUGGCCUGAAUUUGUUGAAUAGGGUUGUGAGUUUUUUGGCUGAACCCACCAGAUGUUGAAACCUAGUUCUAAUGUGUCUUGAGAACUCUUUACAGAUAUAAGUCAAGCAUGUACUAUCAUAUAUAGGCUUGUCACUGUUCAGUACAUCUGCUUUGGAUGGCUAAGGACAAGCAAAAUCAUUGUUGUGAGCUCAUUUUGUUUUGCCAUUUUUUGUUGUAAAAAGUGAUAUUUCAUUAUUGUGAGCAUCUUAAUAUAAUAUUGUUGAGCUUUUAUCUUUA